GAAGGUGGUCAGCGAAGGAUCCGCGGCAUGGCGAGCUCGGCCAAGCGGGUCCGCCGAGACUCCAGUACCGGCGCCUUGGCGGCCUUCCUCGAGUGGUGCGACGGUGUCGGCCUAGUGCUGAGCCCCAAGGUCUGUGUGAGCAGAGAAGGCACAGUGGCUGACUAUGGCCUGAUAGCCAGAGAGGACCUUCCAACUGGAGAAGUCCUUUUCACUGUCCCAAGAACUGCACUCCUUUCACAACACACAAGUUCCUUGUCUUCCCUUCUGGAGAAAGAACAAGACUCCUUGCAGAGUCAGUCUGGCUGGGUCCCCCUCCUGAUUUCUCUUCUCCAUGAAUCCACAAUCAGUAACUCUCACUGGGGGACUUACUUUUCCCUGUGGCCUAACUUCAGUGGCCUAGAUCAUCCUAUGUUCUGGAGCGAGGAAGAACGGUGGAGGCUUCUGCAGGGUACGGGGAUCUUAGAAGCUGUGGACAAAGACCUGGCCAAUAUCCAGAUGGAGUAUUCCUCUAUCAUCCUGCCCUUCUUGAAGGCCCACCCAGAUCUCUUCAACCCCAAGGUGCACACACUGGAGCUGUACAAGAAGCUGGUGGCAUUUGUCAUGGCCUACAGUUUCCAGGAGCCUUUGGAGGAGGACGAGGAGGACGAGGAGGAGCCCAACCCUCCCAUGAUGGUGCCCAUGGCAGACCUUUUGAAUCAUGUGGCCAGUCACAAUGCCAACUUGGAGUAUUCCCCGGAGUGUUUGAAAAUGGUGGCGAUUCAGCCCAUCCACAAAGGCCAAGAGGUCUUCAACACUUAUGGACAGAUGGCCAAUUGGCAGCUCCUCCACAUGUAUGGCUUUGCUCAACCAUAUCCUGGCAAUAGGGAUGAUGCGGCUGACAUCCAGAUGUUGACGCUGUGCAAAGCCGCUCUGCAAGCUGCAAAAACAGAUGUAGAACGGCAGCUGGUCUUGGAGCAGUGGGAUCUUCUUUGUAAGAUGGAGAUGGUGGGUGAGGAAGGAGCCUUUGUGAUAGGCUGGGAGAAGGUCUUGACUGAAGAGGAGUUGUUUACAGCAUUGAAGGUGCUGGGCAUGCCUGCAGAGGAGUUCAAGGAGUUCAAAGAGGAAGAGGGCUGGGCCAACGAAAUGGGUGAGAAUGGGAACACUGACUUGACGCUCUCCAUGAUCCCAACACUCAAGGCAUCUUGGAAGAAACUGCUCUUUGACGCCACACUGCUGACGCUGCAGGCAUACAGCUCUGGUUUGAAAGCAGAGGAAGACGUGCUCAGCGACCAGCAGGCCUUUUCAAAACUGAACUGCCGGGAACAGUUUGCCCUGCACGUGCGUUAUGGGCAGAAGAAAAUCCUGCAACAGUUACUUGAGCUAGUAAGUUCAUAGUCGCGAAUGGACCUCUAGCCUUCCCUCUUUAUUAUUAUUAUUUCAAUUUAUACCCCACCGUCCCCACCAAGGCAGGUUCAGGGGGGCUUACAGAAGAUUCAUAUAAAUACACUUAACAGUUACAAAUAACAUAAUCAUAAAAUGACACUUCAUUUUAAAAAAAAACCUAAAGUGCUGGA